CCCUUGCUCUCUCUCUCUCGUUGCUGCUCCCCUGUUUCCUGCUGUGUUUUUUCAUCCCUUCUUCAGAGCCAUCUCACUCCCACUCACAACUAGGAUCAACAGACCAGCUCUUCAAGGAAAUGGCCUCCAAACGGCCAAUCGGCUACAAGUGUCGCAUAGCAUCAGUGCUACUUCUCCUGUUGGCCAGUAUUGCUGCCCUUGUUGCUGUUGCCGUCAUCCAGGACAAAUGGAAGUUUACACAGUACAGCAUACAGUAUGGCAUAGUGAUAGAUUCGGGAUCAUCUCGUUCCAAUAUGUACCUGUACGAGUGGCCAGGGGAGAAGCAGAAUGAAACAGGAGUGGUGACUGAGGUACUGAACUGUCGAGUUUCUGGUACACCUAUCUCAGAAAUGAAAGUUGACCCACAACAAGAUGCAAAAUCGUGGAUAGGAUUCCAAGCCUGCAUAGAUAACGUCACUAAAGCCAUUCCUGCUGAAAAACACAAAAACACACCUCUCUUUCUGGGAGCUACAGCUGGAAUGAGACUGCUACAUGAGAAGGAUGAAAACAGGUCCAAUGAAAUCCUGGAAAGUCUCAAAGAAUACCUAAGUUCUUUGCCUUUCAACUUCCAAAACGCUUCCAUCAUUAGUGGUCAGGAAGAAGGGCUGUAUGGGUGGGUCACUGCCAACUACCUCAUGGGAAACUUACUAGAGAAAAACCUGUGGAACCGCUAUAUACAUCCAGAAGGGGCAAAGACUGUAGGGUCCAUGGACCUCGGUGGAGCGUCAACACAGAUCGCCUUUGAAAUCCAGGAUGAGCUGCAGGGGCCUGACUACAAGCAUGUCAAACUGUACGGCUAUCCUUACAAUGUCUACACACACAGUUUUCUCUGCUAUGGGAAAAAUGAGGCUGAGAAGAUUAUUUUGGACAAAAUAAUCCAGGGAGCAUAUGACCCAACCAACAUUGCUAACCCCUGCUACCCUGAAGGUUUCAACAUCACCAUAACAGCCUCAUCUAUUUAUGACACAGAGUGCACAAAGAAACCAGAAGGAUACAGCCCGGAUCAAAAAUUCUUUAUGGUGGGAACUGCCGACUCAGAAAUGUGCAGGAGCAUAGUGAAGUCCAUAUUUGAUUUCAAGACAUGUUCCUCAUCUCAUUGUUCCUUCAAUGGGGUUGAGCAGCCACCCGUCACUGGAGAUUUUAAGGCAUAUGCAGGAUUCUUCUAUACUGCUAGGGCGCUGCUGAUGAACGGGACGUCAGAUCUUGAUCAAUUCAACGCCUCAGUUAGUAAAUUAUGCCACACACCUUGGACAGAGCUGAGGAAAGAAAAGUACUGGAUCUCUGAGAAAUACCUUAAGACUUACUGUUAUGGAGGUCACUAUGUCUUCUCUUUGCUGGCGGAUGGAUACAAGUUUGACAAAGAGACCUGGAAAAAUAUUUACUUCGAAGAAAAGAUAAAGAAAACCAGCAUAGGUUGGAGUUUGGGCUACAUGCUGAGUAUGUCCAACAUGGUCCCAUCUGAAGUGAAAGAAAUCCCUCCCUUGACAGACCCCGUCUUUGCCGGCCUUAUCUUUCUAUUUUCUGCACUAACCAUUAUAACUGUUGUCUUAGUUUUCAUCAUAUUCAUUCGCACCUGCUACUGAGAGUGCAUGUUAAAUGGAAUGAUCUGCCUUUGUAAGCCUGGGGGGUUCCCGUAAUCCUCUGAAGUAUCGUUGCAGUAGCAUGUGCCAAAAAUUUGAUAUUGAGAGUUACUAAUGAAAAUGUUUUUUUUAGCCUGAGCCAUUUACUGCCUUCUGUUUCUGAGUUUUUUAAUGACAACCUCUCACUGUGUAUCCCGCUAGUGUCUUUCAGCUAGUAGUAAAAACCACCUCUAAAAGGUAAUAAAACACUUUUUAAAUGUUGUACCUCAGGGAAACUCACAUUGUUGUAAAUAAUGGGAUCUGUUUACAUUAAAUUUUUCAAGUUUCAGUAAAGGGAAAUAUUGUCGUUGGUCACACAAUGGUUUACCUGAAUGAUGCAUAGUUGAAGACAGGACACCCAGACAGUUCCACAUGAUUGUUCUGGUUUCACAUUAUGUAAUCUCAAUGUUGUGUUAUCUUUUAAUGAGAUUCUAUGUGUACAUUCACACUUGGGCACUUACAUACACACAUAGACCCUCAGGCAAAAGUAUGAGCUAUUCACUCACUGAUUAAUUGUUUUUUCCUGUAUUAUACAUGUUAUUGCACUGAAUGGAUCUGCUUUACAUACAAAUUGAUAGCACUCAGCUACAGCUUUAAUGUAGUGUUUUAUACUAAAGCUACACAACAAUACUCUGCAUUUACUGAAUGAAAACCUCCCUAAUAAACAAUGUAUUGAAUGUGCAA